UUCUCAUUCGAACGAGAAACUUUCUCGCUCGAACGAGAAACCUUAUCAUUGUAACGAGCAACGUUCUCGUUCGAAUGAGAAACUUUCUUGUUCGAAUGAGAAACAAGUUUCUUCUUUUUUUCCAUGUCCCUUUAGGGGCUCCGUAGCUUUAGGCUUCUGCUCAAAAGCAAAUAAAUUUUAGGCUAACUAGAGGCACUUUAGGCAGGUGUGUGCUGACUCCCAUUUUACACAAAAGUGAAUGUGAUUGGUUAAUUGAGAGGAGCCAGAUGAGGUGGCUAGGGCAUCUGAUUCGGAUGCCUCCCGGACGCCUCCUUGGUGAGGUGUUCCGGGCACGUCCCACCGGGAAAGGAGAUCACAGGGACGACCCAAGACACGCUGGAGAGACUACGUCUCUCGGCUGGCCUGGGAAUGCCUCGGGAUCCCCCCGGAAGAGCUGGAUGAAGUGGCUGGGGAGAGGGAAGUCUGGGCAUCCCUGCUAAAGCGACUGUCCCCGUGACCCAACCUCGGAUAGGCGUCAAGUGUGCGGGCCGCUCCCUGGCACGCCCGAAUCAGAAAACAACCUCUAGUCUGCUGAGCCCUGAGCCCACACCAGAGAAGAGCCAUCACAGCCGUUCAAGGUAAGGCAUUACUGUGCUUCUGUUCCAAUCCACAUUCGUUCACCCUACCUGGAAGGAUGUCUCUCAACAGCAUCGCCGCUCUCGAUAUCUUCCUGGCACUCCUGGGCAUCGGCCUCCUCAUCAUGUUCUGCACCACCUUCUGCAGCGCGUGCAGCCGCCUGAGGGAGGAACAGAUCGAGAGGGAGGCAUGGAGGCACGCCGAAGAGAAUGGCCGCCCUCCGUCCAUAUUUUUCAUCCCUUUUCCUGGGAGUCUGUCGCAACAGCAGCAGCAGCAGUCGCAGCAGCAGGACGAAGAAGAGCACUACAGGGUGCCUCGGUAUAGCCAAGAAGCCUUCAGACCACCCCAGUACAAUGCCAGUGGAGGCUGCAGUGGACCCCCACCUUCCUAUACUGAGCUGGGGUUUAAGCCUGACGAUCUGCCGCCCGCUUACACAGAAUACAACGUGAACCCCGUCAUAGCGCCGGUUCACACGGAUGUGGCCCAAUCUCCAACGCAACCAUAAGACACUACAGCUGUGACAAGCUUAUAGUCUUGGAUGUCUGAUUAUUGCACUGGAGCCACAGGACUUGAAUGUCUGUGUGUGUGUGUGUGUGUGUGUGUGUGUGUGUGUGUGUGUGUGUGUGUGCGUAUGUGUGUGCAUGUGUGUGUGUGCAUGUGUAUGUGUGUGUGUGAAUGAACACGAAGAUAAUCCAGCGUGAAUUUGCAUCAUGGAGAAUCAUUAAAGAGAUCUGGAAUUAAUUUAACACAAUUUGCUAAAACAUACAUUUUGGGGGAGGAAGGGGAACAAUUUUAUGUAUAUAUAAGUAUUUGAACUAAAGUAGCUGGUCUACUUACUAAGUGUGAAAUUAUAAUUUUGUCACCUCCAAACCAAAGAUAUGCUUCUAUAUUUGUUCAAGAAUAUAUUGUCAUAUGUGCAUGGUAUAAAAUAAAACUGAUAAAAUCA